AGAUAGAAACACAUAUAAAAGAUUAUUUUCAGUUGUCUGUAACAUCAGUUGGAUGAGAAUCGAGCUUAUUUAACAGGUGUACGUUAAAAACGUGAUUGAAAAAUAUGUCGGUUGUAGUAAGCGUUAAGCAGGGUAAAUUGGAAGGUUCGUUAUGCGAAAGCGUUUUAGGAACGUCUUAUUUUAGUUUCAAGGGAAUACCUUUUGCCGCACCUCCUCUUGGACCGUUACGAUUCAAGGAUCCUGAACCACCUGCUUCAUGGACCGGACUGAGAGAUGCUCGGAAUAUCAAGGUGAAUUGUUGCGUGCAGCCGAACGAAAUAUCGCGUACCGAUAUUAUCGGUAAUGAGGAUUCACUUUAUCUUAAUGUUUACACAAAUUCAUUGACGGGAAGUAAAGCUGUUAUGGUUUAUAUUCAUGGAGGCGGAUUUAUAGUCGGUUCUGGCAUCGAACAAGUCAUUAGACCGGAUUACUUUAUGAACAAGGACAUCGUUCUCGUUACUACUAAUUAUAGACUAGGGGUUCUAGGAUUUUUAAAUUUGGACGACGAGGUCGCGCCUGGUAAUCAAGGGUUAAAGGACCAAGUGGCAGCAUUAAAGUGGGUUCAGGAAAACAUAGCGAAUUUCGGAGGAAAUGCCAAAAAUGUAACGAUAUUUGGUGUUAGCGCCGGUGGUGUGUCCGUUCAUUGUUUAACACUGUCGCCCAUGGCGAAAGGUCUUUUUCACAAGGCGAUAUAUCAAAGCGGAGCGGCAACGUGUCCUUGGGCCAUAGGAAUGAGUAAGCCAGAAAAUUGCUUUAAACUCGCAUCGAUCCUUGGCUUCGAGGAUUCGAGGGAUCCUAAAGAAGUCGUUGAAUUUCUCCGAACAGUCCCAGCCUCGCAACUUAUAGAGGCACAGUUCAAAAUUCUUACAUCCUCGGAAACGAUUAUCGAAAAUUUGCCGGUUGGACCUGUCAUUGAUGUUAAAUCGAAAAAUCCAUUUCUACCACGUCCGAUAAAGGAAUGCUUGAAAGACGACACUGAUAUACCAAUUAUGCUCGGUUAUACGAGUAAUGAAUUUAUAAUGUUCUUAAAAAACACCAGCGAGGAAGGCUUGAAAAUAAUCGACAAAAUGCUGAAGAAUUAUAUUGCGAAAUUGGCUAUUUCAAAGGAGCCCGAAAAGAUUGAUCGGUUGGUGAAAGACGUGAAAAAUUAUUACUUCGGUAACGACGAACCGUUAACCAAGGAAGCUAUUCCGUCUUUGAUAAGUCUUUUGAGCGAUAUAUAUUUUUGUUGUCCGAUCAAUAUGAUAGCCGACGACCGAAGAAAGAGAGAAUGUGCGCCAACUUAUUUAUUUAAAUUUUCCUAUAUCGGCGAUGAAAUGACCAUUACUCAUUUGUUACAAGCAAUGCUACCCAAGGCAGAUAAUUUGGAUUACUAUCCAAAGGGAGCUUCUCACGCCGACGAAGAAUCUUAUCUCUUUUAUCUGCCAUUAUGUAAAGUUAAGAAUCCUUUACCUCCAGCGGUAGGAACCAAGGAUAGGAAUAUGAUCGAACGACUUACAUACUUGUGGACCAAUUUUGCGAAAACUGGCGAUCCAACAUCGUCAUUGAACGAAUAUGUCGAUACUCCCUGGACACCUGUAAGCAAGGAUAACUUUACUUGCUUUGACAUAAACGAUCAUCUUACAAAUUGUCCAAUCAAGGAUGAUUUAACAAACAUUUAUCAAAAAAGUGCUUAAAGAGUGAAAAAUAAAGUAACGAUAUGAGUACGUAC